AUGCGAUUGAGAGAUAACAGAUAUCCUGUUGUCACCGAUAUAGAGAAGGUGUUUCUUCAAAUCACGCUAGACGAGAAAGACAGAGAUAUGACGAGAUUUUUCUGGCUAAAGGACUUAACAGACCCUAAAUCAGAGUUGAUUACUUACCGCUUUAAAGCUAUCCUAUUCGGCGCAACGUGUUCACCUUUUAUAUUGAAUGCGACCUUAUUAAAACAUUUACGUGAACAGUCUAGUCAUACAUCUGAAACACUCAUAGAUAGAAUAUACGUAGACAACAUAAUUGCAGGCUUCGACAACACAACUGAACUAUUGAAGUUUCAUGAAGAGUCAAGAGCACUGAUGACCAAAAGUGGAUUCAACUUACGCUCAUGGGCAUUGAAUAGUACAGCACUUAACGAUUUAGCUACAUCUCAAAACGUUAACGACGGAGAUCCCUGUAUUAAAGUUUUAAGAUUACGAUGGAACACUAAAGAUGACCGUGUUAGUUUUGGAUUCAAACCAUUGUCUAUGCUACCAGAUUAUCACUAA